CCAAAGAGGACGGUGGCUGCUAAGGUCCUGUUAUUUGGAAUAACUAUUAUUUCCCCAACUAUUUCAGCUAGCUUGCAGCUCUAACUGUUGAAUUUUGUUGUUGUUAGGAAGAAUGUCUUGGCUAAACUUAAUUUUUCGUACUCUUCUCAUUAUAUCAGACACUUACAAAGAACUCUUUUCGAGGAGGAAUUUGUUCCUUCUCAGUAAGGAUGUAUGGGCCAAGGGGGAAAGCAGAUGUGUGAGACUGACGCAGUGAGGCCUAAAACGGCCGUGCAGCUCCCUUUGGCAGGCAGCACAGUGACAGUUUCAAAGAGGGACUUCCUGCGGCUGAAUAGAUCUGGCAUGACCAUUUUUUCCCAGGAGCUGGCUGGGAUUCACAAAGCAGGGCCUCGCACACUCCACCCUAACUGGAAAGUCUUGGAGGGGGGACCGCCAAAAACACAGCUUGAUGUUCCCAAAGUGCCGGCUAUUACAGAUGCUGUUCUUCUGGAAUUUCUGCAGACAAGUGUCUCUGAUGUGCGCACGGCCAUCAGACGAAAAUGUUACGAUGAGCAGUUCAGCCAAAAAAAAAGGAACAUGUGGUGUACGUGUUUCUGUAUGGUGUGAGGGGUUAGGGUUGUAAUAAAAAGGAAUGUUGUUUUUCAUUGUUCAGUAUUCAGUGUUCUUUAAAGUUUAUGUGUAAUGUUCGGGUCUGCUGCCUGAAAUGGACCUAUUUCUACAAAGAAUUUGAAAGUGUGUUGUAAGUUUUAUAAUGAAAAUUGUUAUAUAUGUAAAUGUUUAUAUAUUCUGAGAUGGUACAAGUUGUUGUAUUAUUUGUAAUGGAAGUAGUCCCACAAGUCUUUCAGCCUUUAGUAUACUGAUAAUACAUUUGCAAGAAUGUGCAAGGUAGAAAGUAGUAGAGCAAUGUAAUGAUAAAGUAUAUUGACUAUUAACUGCAAAGUAUACUUUUUUACUAAUUGGAAUAAGCCAACAGUAUAAAUAAGGAUAUUAUUACCGUACUAAGAAUAUAUUAAAAGUAUACAGCUUAUAUAUUUUUAAGACA